AUGUCUGACGAAGCCAAACCUGUCAAAGUCAACGUUUACGAUCUAUCUCACGGUCUUGCUGCGAUAUACUCGCCACAGCUCCUCGGCAAGUCCAUAGACGGCAUCUACCACACUCUGGUAGUGGCAUUUGGCAAAGAGUACUAUAUUGAUCAAGGCAUCAAGGCGGCACCAGCUGGAAGAACGAAGUACGGAAUACCGAAAGAGGUUCUUGAUGUUGGCGAGACUUAUAUCACCGAAGACAUUCUUCAAGACUUUCUAGAAGAUCUUCGAAACCAUGAACAGCAGAAGUACAAUGCCCUGGCAUACGAUCUCUUUGAGAACAACUGCAACCAUUUCACCGAUGUGGUGAUGGAAUUCUUGGUGGGUAAAAACCUAGAAGAUAGGAUCUUGAAGUUACCACAAGAAGUGCUCAAUUCGCCUUUGGGACCUAUGUUACGGCAGAUGUUGAAUGGUGGAUCUGGAGGUGCUGCUGGAAACGCCUACUUUGGAUUCUGA